CCUUAUAACCACCAUAAACAUCCAUCAAAUCAUUGCUUGAAUCUUCUUCUUUACUUAACAUGGUGCCUUAUAAAAAUGCAAAAUUCGGUUGAAUGAAUGUAGUCGCUAUUCUGUACAAGGUUAAAGACUCUCCCCUCUCAUUCCAAACCAAAAUCUCAGUAAGCUAGCUCCUGAAGAAACAUAACAAUGGCAGCUGCCGGCGUCAAACAACUUCGCCCUCCUCCGUUAACUUCCAACUCCGAUCCACCUCCUAUUUUUGACGGAGACACCAGGUUAUACAUCAGUUAUGUUUGUCCCUUCGCACAACGUGCAUGGAUCACUAGAAACUAUAAGGGACUAGAGGACAAGAUCAAAUUGGUUCCUAUUGACCUUCUGAACAGGCCUGCUUGGUAUAAGGAGAAACUCUACCCAGAAAACAAGGUGCCAUCGUUGGAGCACAAUGGGAAGGUCUUGGGAGAAAGUCUGGAUUUGAUCAAUUACAUAGAUGCCAACUUUGAAGGGCCCUCUCUAGUUACCAGUGAUCCUGCCAAGAAAGAGUUUGGUGAUCAGUUGAUUUCUCAUGUUGAUACAUUCACCAAAGACCUGUACUCCUCAUUGAAAGGAGAUCCUAUAAAAGAUGCUAGUCCUGCCUUUGAUUACUUGGAGAAUGCUCUUAGUAAAUUUGAUGAUGGACCAUUCUUUCUAGGACAAUUCAGUUGGGUGGAUAUUGCCUAUAUUCCAUUUGUUGAAAGAUUCCAUAUAGUCUUUUCUGAGGUCUUCAAGCAUGAUAUAACAGAAGGAAGGCCUAAACUAGCAGCAUGGAUUGAGGAGCUUAACAAGAUUGAUGCUUAUACACAAACAAGGGGGGAUCCAAAUGAAAUUGUUGAUAUUUUCAAGAAACGUUUUCUGGCUCAACAGUGAAAAUUGGGCUGCAGUGGUGCCAUUUGAGAUGUAGACUGUUGCCAAUAAAGUGACAUUUGUGUUUAUGCCAUGCUUCUUCAGUCAAAUGUUGGUUUGUUUGUUUUCUAGUGUUGCAUAUAGUUUGAAUGUGAUGUCAAUAAUUUUACCAGCUUGUUUGGUGAGACUCGUGAUGGUGUUUAUGUACCAGCUUGUGAUGCUAAUUACCACUGUAUUUAUAAAUAAGUUCUAAUCGGCAUAAUGAUGAUGUUUGCCAUGGUGAUCAAUGGUGAAAUAUCUCUA